AUGCUCUCUGACACCAAGUCAGUCAGACAGAACAUCUCCACCAAGGCUGUUGGCUCCAACACGAGGCUGGACAUCACAGACAAGUACAAGUACAAGGAAGGCACUGAGAAGGAGAGAACCGUAUUUAAAUAUGCCCUCUCCAGAAAUAAUGAGAAAAGGGACAAUGACGGGACCACAAACAGUACCAACGGAACAUCUCCUGGGGGCAUCGUUCCACGGCCAAAAAUAUACAUGCAAUUUAAAGAGGUAUCCAAGCCAAAGGACGGUGAGGACGUGAGUCUGAAGCUGGUGCUGAACAGUGAGAGCCACACUGCCAGGCCUGUGUCCAUCAAUAUCAGCGUCCAGGCCAUGAGAUACAAUGGCUCACCGGUUGAAAACAUCCAGAGUGAGGUGAAGGAAGAGACACUGCUGCCUGGGAAAGAUCUGUCCAUCCCUAUCUUGGUCCCCUUCCUGGUGUACCAUAAGCACAUGGUGCACUCUGACAGCAUGAAGAUUUCAGCUGUGGUCACAGAUAAGCUGGAGCCGAAAAAUGUGUACCUAGCAGUGAAUGAUGUCAUUCUGUUGGAUCCUCCAAUCUCCAUCACAACUCCCAGUCUGGCAAGAGUGAACCAAAGCACAACUGCUGAAGUGGUUUUCAUGAACCCAGUCAACAAGACACUGACAGAUUGCACUCUGACUAUUUCUGGAAGUGGUAUUGUGGACGGAGAGCAAAAAUGCAUACUUCCAGAUCUGAAACCAAGCCACAGGUUUCGUGUUACGUUUUUCUUACUUCCCAAGAAGACUGGCAAGAAGACUCUCCUGGCUGACUUUGACUGCUCCUCCUUCAGAGACCUCAAGUGCACCUGUAUUGUCAAUGUCCAACCAUAAUUCCUCAGAAUCACAGGGUAGAAAAUGUGUAAUUUUAAUCAGUAAAUACAUUUUUAAAAAGGCUUGAUGCAGAUAUUUUAUUUUAACACAAUUCUUUAUAUUAAAAACUUUACUAGCAUUAAAAAAAACAACCUUCAAGGGAUAUAAGAUCAUAUAGUUAUAUUCAUCAUAUUCUUUGUGUUUUUCCUUACUUUGAGCUUCAGAAGAACCCUUUUGAGACUGGCUCCAAAAGUGAGUCCAUCUUAACAGACUUCUGUGUUAAAAUGCCCAACUAGACAGUAUAGUAGAAAAAAAUUUUAAAAAUCAAAUGGAAAGUACAGAUUUCCUCAUAACAACUUGUACAGUUGUUAUGAUUUCUUUUUUUCCUAGUGUAUUUGGCUACUGCUGAGGCUUAAACGUAGGGGUAUGGUUCCUUUGAUUGAUAGGUAUGUUAUGGCCAUUUAUUUAGUUAUGUCUGUAAGUGUAUAUUGAAAAUCAUUUGGUAAAGGGUCAGUAAGUGAUUGUAUAAUUUUCCCAAAUAAACUGUCAAAAAUGUAAAAUCUUGUGGAUGUUUGGGUC